AUGGAUACAAGUAGCAAGUACUUCCACACUAAAGUCAACAGAAGAAAAUCCAGAAACAACAUAGAUUCUAUUCAAGGUUCUGAUAAUAACUGGUUGCAUUCAAGGGAUCAAAUCUCUCAGCAUCUCACUCAACACUUCAAAAAUAUCAGCACUACCAGCAAUCCUGUCAUAGAAGAAGGCAUGUAUAGCAUUUUUCCAACUAUUAUCUCAGAAGAGGAUAAUUUAUCUCUUACCAAAAUCCCAACUGAUGAGGAAAUACAUUCUACCCUUAAAAGCAUGGAGAAUUGGAGUGCACCAGGAUCAGAGGGUUUUCAAGCUGGCUUUUACAAAAGUCAAUGGAGUAUAGUGGGUGAAGAUGUUUGUCUCAUGGUUAAGAAAAUGAAGCCUCUUAUGGAAACGAUUAUAUCACCUUUCCAAGCAGCUUAUGUUUCAGAAAGACUAAUCAGUGAUAAUACAGUGAUAGCUCAAGAAAUUAUUCAUUCAAUGAAGAAGAAAAGGGUAGAAAUAGGUUGGUUAGCACUGAAGCUAGACAUGUCAAAAUCUUUUGACAGUACUACAACAUUGUUAGUAAUUCUCAAUGGCUCACCAUGUGAUGAUUUCUCACCUUCUAGAGGUAUCAGACAAGGUGAUCCACUUUCACCUUAUCUUUUUAUUCUUGUUAUGGAGUUUCUCUCAAGACAACUCUCAACUGCUCAAAUGGAUAAAACUAUUAAAGGUAUUAAAUUGGCUGCUUUAUCACCAGCCAUUAAUCAUUUGCUUUUUGCAGAUGGUUGCUUGAUCUUUAGUCAAGCAAAUCUCUCUUCUGUCAACAAUUUACUUGAGCUACUACAAAACUUCAGUACACAAUCUGGGCAAGUUAUAAACUUUGAGAAAAGUGCAGUUCAUUUCAGCAAAGAAAACUAA